GCUUUCAAGAUGGCCGCCAAACAAGUUGCCCAGUCUGCGGGAAAAACUGUAUUUAAACCGCUUCUUUCGACGAGCCAUGCUGAAGCUAGACGAAGGGUAUUAAAUCUGUAUAGAGCCUGGUGGAGAGAGGUUCCCCACUCCAUUGAGGCCUAUCAGUUAGAAAUCUCUACUAAGACUGGCCGUGCCAAGGUGCGAGAAGAAUUCAUGAAGAAUGCCCAUGUUCGGGAUAUCAGAGUGAUUGACAUGCUGGUAAUCAAAGGUAAAAUGGAACUUGAAGAAACUCACAAGUUGUGGAAGCAGGCAACACAUGUCAUGCGUUAUUUCAAGGAAACACAAGAACCUAGAAAAACAGAGUUCAUGGAAAGAUUCUUUGAUGGAUAUGACUAGAAAUUAACUAUCUUACAUGUUUGUUGUAAAGAAGAAUCUACAUGGUUUAAAUUUAAUAAUUUUUCUUUCUUUAAAACUUAGGAUGAAUUUGUAUGCUACAUCCUUUGUUUGGUGUGUGGGAAGGCUUGGCUGAUUUACUGAGCAAUGUAAAUAAAUUUGUGUGUAUCUGAAUUCCAGAAUAAAAUUUUUCUCCCAGUUUUCCAGUUCAAUGAAUUUUCCAAUGAUUUGGUUUACUUGUUUGUUAUGCUUCAUCCCUCCCCUUUUAACAAAAGCAGCAAUUUUUCUUAUGCUUUCCUGCUGUGUUUUUCACAACACAAUUAACCCUUUGACUCCUAAGAGUGAUCGGAAUGUAAUUUCUCUUAUCACCCCUGAAUCACACAUUUAGGUCAAGACAAUCAAGAAGAUGAUCACCAACCAAUGAAGCUUGGAUUGUUCAACAAAUCUUUCCUUGUCAGCACCUUGGUAGAUGUAUAGAGAACAGUGUAAAGGAUAUGCAUACUGUUGUUAGGGUGUAGAUGGUUAAUUUAAUCCGAGGUGGUAUUAUUUCUUAUUAUGAUAAUUUUGUGCUAAGUAGCUCGGCUUGUAGGCGAAUAAAUACGGUAGAUUCUUACGUUUGCGAACGGCUGCAGUGUUCGUUUCACUUCCUUCGAUGUUAAUUUCUGUGUAAAGAUUAGAGCACAUGUCAAGUU